CUAGAGGACUGGAGCGCCGGGCAGGAGCCGGAGCAGCAAGCAGAGAGAGGCGGGCUGGGAGCACAGGGCGAGCCCGGCGGGUAGCAGGCACCAUGGUGCUGUCGGUGCCUGUGAUCGCGCUGGGCGCCGCGCUGGGCACCGCCACCAGCAUCCUCGCUCUGUGCGGGGUCACCUGCCUGUGCAGGCACAUGCACCCCAAGAAGGGGCUGCUACCGCGAGACAGCGAGCCAGACCCGGAGAAGGCGAGGCCUGGCGUGCUCCAGCCGACCCAACAGUUCAAUGUUAAGAAAUCCACGGAGCCUGUCCAGCCCCGACCCCUCCUCAAGUUCCCAGACAUCUAUGGUCCUCGGCCAGCUGUGACAGCCCCAGAAGUCAUCAACUACGCAGAUUACACAUUGGGUGGCACGGAGGAGCCUACUGCACCUGCCAACCCACAGGCCCCAAGUGACAGUCGCCUCAAGAGGCAGGUCACAGAAGAACUCUUCAUUCUUCCUCAGAAUGGUGUGGUGGAAGACGUCUGUGUCAUGGAGACCUGGAACCCGGAGAAGGCUGCCAGCUGGAAUCAGGCCCCCAAACUCCACUUCCGCCUGGACUAUGACCAGCAGAAAGCAGAGCUCUUUGUAACUUGCCUGGAAGCUGUGACCAGCGACCAGGAAGGAGGCUGUGACUGUUACGUCCAGGGCAGCGUGGUCAUCAAGACAGGCUCUGUGGAGGCACAGACGGCCCUGAAGAAGCGGCAGCUGCGCACAGCCUGGGAGGAGGGCUUGGCACUGCCCCUGGGUGAGGAGGAGCUCCCCACAGCUAUCCUGACACUCACCCUGAGAACCUGUGACCGCUUUUCCAGACACAGCGUGGCAGGGGAGCUCAGCCUGCGCCUGGAUGGGGUGUCAGUGCCUCUGGGGACAGCGCAGUGGGGUGAGCUGAAGACCACUGCAAAGGAGCCUUCUGCAGGAACCGGGGAGGUCCUUCUGUCCAUCAGCUACCUCCCAGCUGCCAACCGUCUCCUGGUAGUGCUGAUUAAAGCCAAGAACCUUCACUCCAACCAGUCCAAGGAGCUGCUGGGCAAGGAUGUCUCCGUCAAGGUGACCUUGAAGCACCAGGCUCAGAAACUGAAGAAGAAGCAGACAAAGCAGGCCAAGCACAAGAUCAACCCCGUGUGGAACGAGAUGAUCAUGUUUGAGUUGCCCGAUGACCUGCUGCGGGCAUCCAGUGUGGAGCUGGAGGUGCUGGGCCAAGGUGAGGAGGGGCCGAGCUGUGAGCUGGGCCACUGCAGCCUGGGCCUGCAUGCUUCAGGCUCUGAGCGAAGCCACUGGGAGGAGAUGCUGAAGAACCCACGCCGGCAGAUUGCCAUGUGGCACCAGCUGCACCUGUAGCCAGCCACACGACCACCAUUCUUCCUGGGCACAGCGGUCCUCCAGCCUCAUCCCCUCCUUGAGCCCCAAGUGACAGACACAGAUGUGCUGGCCAAGGCCAGGAUCCCAUUCCUCUCUCAUUACAUUCCCCUCUCUAAAAAGUGAACAGAGCCACCAGGGCCACAUGUGAAAGUGGGGUGUUGGGGUCACACGGAGAACUGUGUUUUUCCUUAUCCCUAUAAUGGAAAGACACAUGUGUCAAGUGGGCAAGUUGGGUAGGUGUGCUCAUGGGCAAGACCUCAUGGGCAAGUUGGGUAGGUGUGCUGAGGCCAGGUGCAGAGGACUCUUAAACCCUGGGAACCAGAGAUGCUUUUUGAAGGGAAGGAUUUCAAAAAUGAUGAAGGACAUAAGAGGCUUCUGUGUGGACACAGGACUAGAGGCCAUUUCAGUAGGAUGAGCCCCUGACCAGCAUCCAGUCAAAUCCCCACUUACCUCAGUUUAAAGACCCCCCUUCAUCAGUCCCUAGGUUUCUGGGGGACAGUCCACAUUGAUGACCUCAGUGGAAGCUUGGAGACACCUGUCCCUAACAACCAUGGGGCUUCUGAAGCCACGCAGGAGGGGCUGCGCUUAGUGAGAUCAAUUUUAUGGUAUUCCACUCAGUUUUGGGCCAGCAUCCUCUACAAGCAGGGACACAAGGACCAGCACUGGCACCACAGUGUGAAGAUGGAUGCUCUGUCUUUAAUUUAAUCUUUCUGUGUUAUUUUUACCCUUUGGAUCCCAUCCUUAAACUAUGUUGUGUGUUUUGAUUGUUUUAUUUUAGGAAUCUUUUUGUUAUCAUAUUUGGGGAGACCUUCCCCCCAACAAACCUCAGUGGUAUGGAUCUGCUGUUUGUCACUGCUGGAUCCUGAGGUUUAACUAUCAUGUCCACCAGCAUCACCCAGGGCACCCUUAGGGGGAUAUCUGUCUUUCUUAGUGUGCACAAGCUUCAGGAGGAACAGGAGGCCAGUUCUGAAGGUGGCCUCUUCCACUUGUGUGAAAAACUGGAGGUGAAGGGCAACUUUAAGGAGAUGUGGUCUCUUGCAAAUGUGCCUCCUUUCCCUAGUUUUGGGGACUUGUCUUUUUAACUGGUAAAUAACCGGAGGCUAGGCUUGGCUGUCUACCUUGCUUAUUCCCAAUAGAUGUCUCAUGGUGAAAUCAGUCUAAAGAUGGGAUUGGCUGUAGGGAUAUGGUACUCUCCUGUGAGCCAGAGUUCAGGCUAUCUGUUGCUUCCUUGUAGUGACCUUGGGGUGACCAUCUGUAACACAGCACUGACUUCAUCAGACCUACAGAUCGUGGGAGUAAAAUAAUGGAUAGGUUUGUGUUCAAAAGUUGUACAUAUUCCUUGGCAAACAAAACAAAACAAACUUUGAGGUACUUGUGGAUCAGAUUUUAAGCUAGAUCUGUCUUCAGGUUGUCAGUUGAGAAUGCUUGGAAUGUGCCAGAACCAUCUAAGUAUUUCUAGACUAUUUGAACUCUUCUUUACUAACAUCUUAGCUCUGAUGAAACUUCAGAUGUUGGCCUGGUUCCCUAAUCUAGACUCCUAAACCAUAUGGGCUUCCUCAGAAACCCAUUCUUUCUGGGCCUCUCUGUGGGUGGGGAUCUAAGCAGGGGACCUUGUAAUCUGUCACUUUCACCCUUUCUGCACAGAAAUAGAUAAACAUUCAAAAUCAUUUUUACCUAUUCUCAGAAGAAACAAAAAUCUAGAUCCUCCUCAAUGGGCACAUCUUUGAGAUACUUAGCAGCCUUGAUGGUCAAAGUUGGCAAGCCAUGACCAAGAGCCCUUAUUCCACUAGUGUCCUCUCCUUCGUAACCUCUGAUCCUGCAGUCCAGAAAUGUUGGGUUUCUAGGCUGAAAAAUCAGGGCAAUCAGUUCUAUAGACCUGCUUUACGGUUCCCCUAAAGACUGUUUGAGAUGGGUUGGGCAGGGCAGGUCCAAGAGGGCUGCUCUACUCAUACUUAUUCCCUCAUCUCUUUGGAUCUCAGAUUUCAAACUGAGGGUUAGCUCUGAUAGACAUCACAUUCCCCCACAGGACUUCUUGAAUGAAGGCCAUGUCAAUGUGCUGGGGUGUAUGGACAGGAGGCAGGCUCCUCAGGACAUUGUUGGUCACCAGUGUAUUCCCAGUGCCUAGAACAUAGCAUGCGUCUGUCCAUUCCAGCUUGAGAUGACUCUUGGGAUGGGGUGAAAACCUAGAGCUCUUGCAAGAGUGCAGGUCAGGGUCAACUCCUCAAAUGUAGAGUACCAGGCUGUGGCUGAACUGAACUGAGUUGAGGUUUGUUAGUUCCUUAUCUGUUUCUGUGAUAAAAUGCCAUGACCAAGGCAACUUGUAGAAGAGUUUAUUUGGCUUAUUGUUCCAAAGGAGUAAGAGUCCAUCAUGGUGGGUGGCAUGGUGGCAGAGGCAGCCAGGACAGAAAGCUGAGAGCUCACAU